CUUCUUCUCUUCCAUUGCACCUGAGUCCUGACCUGAGCUAACUUCUUUCUUGGCUUCAUUUCUCGUUCCUUGCGCUCUCACACUCAGACCCCCGAAAAGAACCCACAUUUUCGUUUGCACAAACCCUAGAGAUGUAUGGCGGUGAUGAAGUUUCAGCGAUAGUGAUUGACUUGGGGUCCCACACAUGCAAAGCUGGUUAUGCUGGUGAAGAUGCUCCCAAGGCUGUUUUCCCCUCUGUUGUUGGUGCAAUUGAUCAAAUGGACAUUAAUGGGCAUGGCGAUGGUGAGGAGAACUUGGGAGCUGCUGCAGAAUUGCCAAACAAUGCCAAAAAUCUUGAUUCUGACAAAACCAAGGGAAAAUGCAAGCUUUAUGUAGGAUCCCAGUCCUUGGGGUAUCGCAGAGACUACAUGGAGGUGCUGUCACCACUGAAGAAUGGAGUUGUUGCUGACUGGAAUAUUGUAGACAACAUAUGGGAUCAUGCUUUGAGGGAUUGUCUAUUGGUUGAUCCUAAAGAGCGUCCAAUGCUACUUUCUGAGCCAUGUAAUAAUACUCAAGAGCAGAGAGAAAGGACAGCAGAGCUGAUGUUUGAAAAAUACAAAGUACCUGCAUUGUUUUUGGCCAAGAAUGCUGUCCUCACAUCAUUCGCAUCAGGGCGCGCUACAUCAUUAGUAAUUGAUGGUGGUGGAGGAUCAACAACCGUUGCCCCAGUGCUUGAUGGUUAUGUUCUUCAAAAGGCUGUGACAACUUCUCCCAUUGGAGGAGAAUUUCUGACAGAUUGCUUGAUGAAAAGUUUGGAAGGCAAAGGUAUCACAAUAAAACCGAGGUAUGCAUUCAAGAAAAAGGAAAUACGGCCAGGAAAUAUUCAGACUGUAAACCUUGAUUUUCCCCAUACAACUGAAAGCUACAAACUCUACUCCCAGAGAGUGAUUGCUAGUGACAUCAAGGAAUGUGUCUGCCGAGCCCCAGAUUCUCCAUAUGAUGAGAGUUCAUAUUCUAACAUUCCAAUGACCUCAUAUGAGCUUCCUGAUGGCCAGAUAAUUGAAAUUGGAUCCGACAGAUUCAAGAUUCCUGAUAUUCUUUUUAAUCCAUCGCUGGUUCAGACAAUACCGGGCAUGGAGAGCUUUGCUGAAAUUGCUCAUUCAGUUCGUGGUCUACCAAAAAUGGUUAUAGAUAGUAUUAAUAAGUGUGAUGUUGAUAUCCGAAGAGAACUCUUUGGUAGCAUAAUGCUUACUGGUGGCACAGCUUCAAUGCAACAAUUGAAGGAACGCAUUGAGAAGGAGUUGCUUGAGGAGUCCCCUCAAGCUGCUAGGGUAAAAGUAUUCGCAAGUGGAAAUGCAACUGAAAGAAGGUUCAGUGUUUGGAUAGGGGGAAGCAUACUGGCGUCUCUAGGCUCCUUCCAGCAGAUGUGGUUCUCCAAGUCUGAGUAUGAAGAACAAGGUGCUUCCUACAUUCAAAGAAAGUGCCCGUGAGUUUCCAAGAAUGUCAUACGGGCUUCUUUCGUUUCCAUUGGUGACUGAAGCUGUGCUAGUAACAGUGCCCUUGGUCAAAAUUUAUUUAAUAUUUAUGUCAUUCUAAUUUGUGCUGUUGCCUUUUUCAAUGUUUUAAACUUAUUAUCUAUGGUUAAGCUCCUAUAACUUAUUGUAUUGUAGCAUUUUAAUUAUACAUCAGAUUCACACUGAUUCACAUCA